UCCGUAUCCAGGCUGAGCCGAGCCGUCCGUGCCGCCGCCGCCGCCGACGCCGCCGCAUGCAUGCACGUUCAUGCACAAAAGCCUUCUCUUCUUUUUCACCCUCCAAUUCACCUCUUCCCUUCAAGCCAUUCGAUCCCUCUUUGUGCAAGGGGCGUCGAAGCUCUGACGCGCAAGCAAGCAUCGCGUGCCUGCCUGCCUCUCUGCAUCCAGUCGCAUGUCCUCUCGUCUUCCUCCUCCUCCUCCUCCUCCGGCAGCAUAGCCGCGAUGCCCCGGUCCGGUCCCCGGUGCAACCGCCUACGCGCAAGACAUGCGCGCCACCCUCCGCAGGUCCUGCGACGCCUGUGCAAAGGCCAAGCAUAGCUGCGACCUCCGCUCCCCGCGCUGCUCCCGCUGCAUCAAGAGGGGCGUCAAGUGCAACUACGUCAACGAGCCCCUGACGGCGGCGUCGGUGCAUGCGCCGCCUCCUCCGGCGCGCCAUCAUCACCACCAUGCGAAAGCAGGCAUCGUGAGAGCCUCUCCGCUCAGCACCAUGAACGCUGCUCGGACGCUCGCGGCACCUCCAUUACAUGCACCGCCCGUCAUGUCAUCGUCGCCUACUUCUCUCGACCGCCGCAGCGACUCCAUGGGCCUCUCGGCACCAGCCGACGCGGCCUUUGACCCGUUCGACUCAUAUCCGCCCACGAGGCUCCCGCGCAUCCACGUGCAACGCCUCAUGCAGCACUUCUUGUCCACCAUCGCCUUCCAGUACUAUCCGCUGGACCUCAACAUGGAGUCCAACCCCUUCGUCGUCGCCUGGUGGCCCCUGGCGCUCGCCGACCCGGCCCUGUUCCACGUCUCCAUCCAGACGGCGUCCCUUGACGAGGAGCUGCGCGCCCGCCGCGGGUUCCCCAUCUCGGAGCUGCUCAUGGCCGACUCCGUGUCCCUGGUGCGGCGCAAGAUUGCCGACUCGUCGCUGGCGGUCCAGGAUGAGACGAUGAACGCAGUGGUGACGCUGGCUGCGAUCGAGCACGGCAAGGGCAACUUUGCGGCGAGUCGGAUGCACAUCGACGGGGUCAAGCGCAUGGUCAACGUCAGGGGUGGCAUCAGCCAAGUGAAGCGAACAAGCCCCCUCACAGCACGGAUGGUUCCCUGGGUAUCCCUGCUCGUGACGGGUACUCCCCAAUUCCCAGUCCAGGACGACAACGGUCUUGGAGACGGGUUGAGUUCGAUCCCACAAUGGCGGCUGGCUCCGCCUCCCGCACAAUCUGAAAACGACUUGUUCCGAGGCUUGGGCAUCGACGACGACGAUGUGAUCAACGUCCUCAGCCGCCUCCGCUACGUUUUCCAGCCUUCAAAGCAGGCGCAGUUGACAAACGCCGACCUGCACGACCUAACAUGCUUUGUCGUUCACAAGAUUCUUCUCCUGCCUGAGGAAGCGCCGCCAGGGGGAGGAGGGGCCGCACGCUGCAGCAACAAUAGCAGGUCCGCAGUCUCACGAUGCCUCCGCUACGCCAUGAUACUAUACAUGCUAGUCCUGCAUGGCACGACGUACUACUCCCACAUGCACCUUCUCAUGGCCGUCGAGCGCCAGCUCCGAGAGCAGAUCGAAGCGCUGGCCAACAGCGGCUGCUGCUCGCCGCUUGAUGAUGGCCGCGGCGGCGGCGGCACGGCGUCAGCGCUCCAGGUCUGGGCCGUGUCGGUCGGUAUGACGGCCACAGCGGAAGUGCAAGAGGACGCGUGCGCGUGGUUCGUGGAGCAGGGCCGCGUGCUCACCCGCGGGCUCGACCUGGCGACGUGGGGCGAUGUGCUCGCGCGGCUGCGGAGCGUCCUCUGGUCGGAGGCGAGCGAGCCGCUCUUUCGGCGGCAGUGGACCCGACUCUUGGAGACGAUGACAUGACAAAGGGGGUCGAAGUGCUCUCACAUUUUCAGAAGCUCACCCUUGGAUCCUCCCUUUCGACGCAGACGCAGAGAAGAGCGCUAUAUCCAACCAGCUAACACGGGUUGGUUUACAUCCAACACUGAGUCCCGGAGGCAAAAGGAGGAGCUCGAUGUGUCCGUCACCCUCGGCGCGGCCACGAGAGGAGGCACUGCAUCACAUCACCCAGGUCGGCAAAUCUCGCCGCUCGAUUCACAUCGCUCAGAGUCAUUUCCUCACAGAUCCGUCAUCGCAUUGACAUCUUCCGAGCUCUCCUCACACACACACACACACCAAAAGUGAAAUACAACAUUUCCCGGGCAGUAGACAAUCCCCCAGCCACCCGCAAUCCUCUACCAAUCCUUCCUUCCUUCCUUCCUUCCUUCAUCGCCGCUGUAGUAGCUAUCCCCGCCGCUACUCUACUCGCACAGCGUGCUGUCUUCCCUGAACCAACAUGUCGACGUGGAAUCCGAACACUGAAAUGCGCACACACAUGUGGGUCAGUCAGUAUCAGUCAAGCCAGGCCGAGACGGAAGAAAAAAGACAAAAAGGAAAGAAAGGGCGAAAGAAGAAUUGUCGCCGCGCAAUGGCUGGGCCGGGACCCAGCUAGCUGGACAACACGACACGCACCACGCAUUGUGCAGCACACAGCACACAGCAGCAGCGCGACCACAUGGAGAUGCGACAAAGAAGAAGAAAACCGCACGUACCUUGGUGCCGUGGCUGCAGGGCAUCCAAUUGUAGUUUGAAGCUGGGGUUCCACCCUCCGCCUUGAAUCUUUCUACCUCCCCACGUGCGCAAAUGUCGACCGACCCAAGUGCAUAGCAAAUCUAUACAAUGCGGGAAACCGAUUUUGCGUCCAUGUUAGCCCUCUUAUCUUCUAUGUUUUCUCUCACUUUCCAAUAAGGCCCCCCCGGAGAAGCAAGAGGGGGGAUGGGGGGCUGAGGCUUCUAUCUCUCACUCACGCCUUCAACGCAGUGGCCGACGUCCCCAGCGUCAACCGGAGUGAAACUGGUGGACCGGCGAAACAAGUGGGGUGGUGGGCGGCGGAAUCGAUUGACCGGAGCAGGUGAAGAAGCAGAGCCAAACAUGGUGGGUGGUGAGUGGUGGGUGGUGGAAUCAAUUGAGCGGAGCAGGUGAAGAAGCAGAGAGAAUAAAAGAAGACUGAAG